CUCUCUCUCUCUACUUCUUGAUCAUGGCAACAUCCACUUUGUCUUCGUCUCCAUUCCUCCUAUCAUCAUCAUCAUCAUCUUCAAUAACUCCGAUCUCCGGCAACCGGAUCUCACUAUCUCCGGCGACCUCCGUCAAAUUCCGGCCACUAAAAGUAACUGCCUCCACAUGUUUUUGCCCUCCAAAAGUGACAUCACAUCGUAAUUCUUCGUUCUACGAGGUUUUAGGAAUCCAUGUCGGCGCAAGUGGAAUGGAAAUCAAAGCGGCGUAUAGAAAACUGGCGAGGAUCUGUCAUCCCGACGUUGAUCGGAGUGAAUCAUCUGCCGGAGAGUUUAUUAAGAUCCAUAACGCUUAUUCGACUCUGUCCGAUCCGGAUAAAAGAGCCGAUUACGACAGGAAACUUGUUCCUCGUAGCAGAUCGAAUUACCGGUCGUAUUCUUCUUCUCCCGUGAUGGCAACGGCGGCUGGUUCCAAAUAUUCUGGAUAUGUUUCAAGAAACAAUUGGGAAACAGAUCAGUGUUGGUGAUGAAUGAUGAUCAUGAUCAUCAUGUUUUUGUUCUCUUGUUGCUGUUGUAUAUAUUGAGGCAACUUUUUUAGUGUUAAUAUAACGUUAUUAUUAGCU